AUGUUCUCUGCAACGCGGCGCUGGUUCCGCCGCAACAGGACUCCCAUCGCCAUCGGCGUGGGAGUUGUGGGCGCAGGCUAUGUCGUCACCCAGUAUGUCCUGAGCAAGAUCAACGACGCCCGCGAGCGCAUGAGCAGCGACCGCAUCGCCAAGGAGAACCUCCGGCGCCGCUUCGAGCAGAACCAGGAGGACUGCACCUUCACCGUGCUGGCGCUGCUGCCGACCGCCACGACCAACAUCCUCGAGGCGAUGAACACGGAGAAGAUCACCUACGAGAUCCAGCAGAUGAAGGCCGGCGGCGCGUCGUCGGCGGCCGCCCGGUCCGUCAUGAGCAUGAGCGGGAGCGGCGAGUCGACUAGCCCGCCGAGUAUCGGAGACACCACCAUGACCGAGGACGACGGCCGGAGCCUCGCCAGCUACCAGAGCGAGAGCGGCGUGCAUGCUAGCCAGAUUGCGGUGCCGAGCAUCAGCGCUGUCGCCGAGGGUACUGCGCCGGCUGCCACGUCCGAGAGCGUUCAGGAGGCACAGCAAAAGAGGAAAACGAAGAGGCAACUUUGGGACGACCUGACGAUAUCAUCCAUCACCCGUGCUUACACGCUGCUGUACACCCUCGCACUGUUGACCAUGUUGACCCGGGUUCAGCUGAACCUCCUGGGUCGGAGGAGUUAUCUCUCCAGCGUGGUGUCGCUGGCCACGGGAAGCGCGCAGGCGACCAUCAGCCUAGAGAACAACGACGACGAUAACCCGGAGCAGAUGCUUGGCAGCGACUUUGAGGUCAAUAGGAAAUAUCUCACCUUCAGCUGGUGGCUGCUGAACAAGGGCUGGAUCGACAUCAUGCAGCGCGUCGAGGCCGCAGUCAGGGAAGUCUUUGGCCAUCUCAGCCCCCGCGACCAGCUUUCCUUCCAGACCUUCUCAGAGCUCACCACCCAGGUCAGGAGGUUAGUCGAGGGCGGCUCGCCCUCGGCCCAAGGCGCGACCUGGCUGUCGUUCAUCCUGCCGCCCGUGGACCAGGAGGACUACGUCCUCAGGGAGUCGGGCGUGCUCGGCGACAGCGCCGCCUCCAUCGACCAGAGCACCGUCGAGAUCUCUUCGCCCGCCUCGCAGGCGUCGCUGCGGAGGCUGCUCAACGAGACGGCCGACCUGGUCGAGUCGCCCACCUUCACGCACGUGCUCGCCCUCCUCCUGGACGCGGGCUUCUCGUGCCUCCUCGACAAGAAGCUCGCGCCGGCCGCCUUCGACCUCCCGCCCCCGCCCCCGUCGGCGGAGGGCAGCCCGGAGCUCGCCGGCGGAGGGCUGCGGACCAGCAAGACGGUCCUGCUGCCCAAGGUGCUGUCCGUCCUCACGCGGCAGGCGCACGCCAUCGGGAACGGCAUGCCCAACGAGUACCUGCAGGAGAUGGAGUCGGUGCGGGACCUCGAGGGCUUCGCGGCCGUCGUGUACUCGAGCAACUGGGAGAACGAGAUCCAGGAGGAGGGCCUGGCCUCCGCCGCCCCCGCCGGAUCUUCGGCGCCACAGAUGGCCGGCGAGGAGAGCCUCGUGGUGGUCGACCCCUCGCAGAGCUCGUUUGAGAGUGCGUGGGCGAGGGCUGUAGAGCAGAAAUAA